AUGAAUUUUCGAGCAAUAUUUUUAUUCGUUUUUAUGCUUUUGGCAGUCGCAAUUGCAUUCCCAUCAGAAGAAAACAGAUCAAGACGUGACGUCGCGGAGUCUGUGAAAAGUGCUGCGAGUGAUGCCAAGGAGGCCGUAAGCGACGCGGGUGCUGCUGUUGUCGACGCGGUUACACCAACAGAGAAGAGUACUAAAGAUAAAAUUGUAGACAGCGUCAAAAAUGUUGGUCAAUAA